GAGAAGGAGGAGGAGGAGGAGGAGGAGGCCGCCAUUGUUGGGGCCCCGAGCGGCCGCCGAGCGCCGGUGGAGGCGGGGGUUUCUGGUCGUCGUCGUCGUCGGGAGGGUGCGGGGGCGGUGCGGGGGUCCAUGGGCCGGGUGUGAGGCGGCCCGUCGUCGCCCGGCCUCCCUUCUGCCUCCGUGCCGGCGCGGCCAAGAUGGCGGCGGCCGAGGCGUGGUGGGACUGGCGGGCCGAGCUGCCCCUUCAGGCCCAGGCCGGGGCGGCGCGGCUGCGGGACCUGCUGUCGGCGGGGCUGGGGCUGCUGGGGCUGCACGUGGAGCCGCCGCCCUGGGCCGUGGCGGCGGGCGCGGCGGCCGCCGGCCUCCUCCUCGUCCUCCUGCUGCUGCCGCCGCCGCUCGGCCUCCUCCGCGCCCGCCGCGGGGCCCCCGCCCGCAGGGCGCCCCGACACGACCCGCCCGCCCCGGCCGCCCUGCUCAAGGCCCUGCGCGGAGACGACCCCAAGAAGAAGGCCCGCAAGAAGGGCGGGGACAGGCCCAGGCCAAAUGGCCGGCCUGUUCUGGAAGCGAAUGAGGUAGAAGUGGUUCAGACUACUCGCAAAGAAACACUGAAGCAACCACUCGAUGCCGAGAAGAAAAACGAAAAGUCGAAGAAAAACAAGAAGAAAUCCAAGGCGGAUGUUAAAGUUGCUCAGGACGGUUCGCGCCAUGAUGGAAAGGAAGUUGAUGAAGGAGCCUGGGAAACUAAAAUCAGUAACAAAGAGAAAAGACAGCAGCGAAAGCGGGACAAGGGGUUGUCUGAUACUGGUUCUCCAGAUUCAAGUCUUCCUGGGACCGAAAGCGCCGUCUCAGUUUCCACUGAGCAACUUAUAACAGCAACUUUUCCAGUUGGCUCCAGAAAGAAUAAAGGCGAUCCUCUUCUAAAUGCUCCCAACUAUAAACCCGGAAAAGGUGAUUCCGCACUUCAACAGGGGUUGAACGAAAACCCUACCGUAAAUGGAGGAGGCUGGAAUGAAAAGUCUGUGAAAACCUCCUCACAGAUUAGUGGAGGUGAGGAGAAGUGGACAUCUGUGUCACCUGCGUCAUCUGGCAAGAGGAAGAACGAACCACCCGUUUGGAACCAGGACACUGGUGAUACUGGUGCAAAUGGAAAAGACUGGGGUGUGUCCCUAGUGGGAAGGACCUGGAGUGAUCGCACAAUAUUCCCUGGCAUCGCUGCUUGGUCUGGUGUGGAUAGAAGGAUGAACACAUCUGAACAGAAUUCUGCUUCUUUUACAUCUCUUGGACUUAACCCUGCAGUUUCUGGAUCUUCCGGCGAACCAGUGUCCCAGCCCACCGCUUCGGAUUUUCAGUGGGACUUAAGCCGUAAUCAGCCCCAUGUUGACGAUGAGUGGUCUGGGUUGAAUGGACUAACUUCAACCGACCCCAGCUCUGAUUGGAAUGCCCCUGCAGAAGAAUGGGGCAACUGGGUAGAUGAGGAAAAGGCCUUGCAUAGGAAACCACAGGAGCCAGUCCCCAAAGUUCAGAAAAUUUCAGAUGAUAAAGAAAAGGCAGAGGUAACUCUUCAAAGCUCUACAGAUGGAAAGUCUAAAAAGAAAAAGAAGAAGAAGAAGCAGCCCGGCGAAGAUGCUAGCUCUCCAGCACAGGACACGGAGGAGGUGGAAAGAAAUACUAGAAAAAACCUCCAAGAGAAUACUUCCAAAGUCAAACCACCACAGGAGAAACCUUUGAAGACCAAAAGCACUCGUGAUCCAGCUAAGACCGCUGAGACACCUCCACGUGCUGUUUCUACCGAGCCAUCCGUAAUUUUAUCCGUGGGCAGUUCGGACAAGGUCUCCUCCCAAGUGCCACAGAAGCAGGAGAAGAAUGUUUCCAAUUCUAACGUCAAGCAAAAUAGCGUGCCUCCUUGCACAGACCAAGUCUGACAAUAGCUGGGAGUCUCCCAAACAAGUAAAAAAGAAGAAGAAAGCCAGAAGGGAAACGUGAAUUUUUUUUUUUUCUUCCUGAGUUGGACAUGUGUUGGGCAAACACUGUCAAGAAGAUUAUGCUGUUUAUGCAAUAAUUUGUGAACAUGUACAGAAUUUUAUAUAAAUUUCAACUGAUUUUUAAAACAAAACUGCUGUGAACACAACCAUCAUUAAAAUGGAAUCAAAGGAAAGUUAAUUUGUGAAAUUCAGAGUUCAGCAGAACGUGCUACCAUGCUGGAAGACGUUUUGGAGAGUCUGUUUUUUGUUUUUUUUUCAUUUGAGAACGGUCUUAAUUUAAGAAAAAUCUAAAUAUAUCCUGGUUUUAUGACAGUGCCCUGUUUACAACAGAUUGCGUGCCCUUUCUCAUCUGCAGCUAAGAAAUAGAGGAUUGAUUAGAGAGCGGGGUGUCUACAGAAUAGUGGGUAUUUCUUGCCUCCUUCAGAUUGAUGCACAGAACCCAGCUACCAUUUGAAUCGGUUUUCAAGCUAAGUCAAAAUGCUCUGAUAAGUACAUAAUCCGCCAUACCUUUACACAGUGUCGGUAGCCAUGUGUAGUGAAGGGAUCGCAAGAACAGACACAGAACCAUUCUUUGUCAUUUGUGUGGCUAAGCCGUAAGGUUUAAGGAAAAGUGUUUUCAACUAAAAGGUUGAAAAUGCAGUUAACACUUGAGAGUAAUGGGUUUAUGAGUUUAUUUUUGAUAGCGUAUUACAUUACUUGAAUUGUUCAAAGUACAGGUAUACUUUUUAAUUAAGAAAACUCAACUGUGGUGUAUACGGUCCUAUUUGUUUCCUGUUUUUAUCCUUUUAAGGUCGGGGCUCAUGUUUAACGCUCUUGUCUCAUGAUCUGAAAACUUUUAGGCUGAAUCUAAUUCACAUUUUUUCCCUUCUGUGCUAGAUACUGAUUUUUUUUUUUUCUUUACCAGCUCUACUGUUUUCUUGAGGUUUAAAGCUAUCUUUGGCUUCGGAAAAAUAUUCACCAACAAAAAUUGGAUAGAAAAUAGAAGAUUAGCAUCAGACAGCUUUAAUUGACAUUGUCAAGACCUCCAGUUAAUCAGGAAAUACAUCUUUUUUACUGCCUUAACCUGUAGUGGUGUAGAAUAUGCAUCUAAAUUUCUUGAAGGGGGAAUUAGUGGUUUUUAUAAGAAUUUUUCAUGUAAGUAUUGCAGUUGUAGUUAAUAAGAAACAUUUCCCGCUUGAAACUGUAUUGGUGGAAAUGGUGUGUGAGAUGUUUCACCAUUUUCAGGCACUGUGUAAUUAUAUCGUAUUGAACUGGCAGGUAUCUUUGUAUCUAUAAAUAGUGCAUGCUCAGCCAUGUACACUGUAAAUAGCCUUUACCAAACGUGUUUGACAAGGACCAUAAUUAACAUCACUUAGUGAAUUGUGAAUCGAGAAAAAAAAGCCAUGAUUUAUUUGAUGUGACUGGCUUUGUCGUUUUUACGUGGCAAGAGAAUGAAAUUGUUUGUAACAGCUGUAACCAAUGGUACUGAUCCAACCAUCCAAUAUUGUCUUAUUUUACUUGACUGUGGUUCGGUAGAGUUGACUCGCAAGGCCCGCAAGCGGAAUAAGUUGGUUUUAGUGUCGCUGAAGACCAGCCUUAUUAAUGGACGACUUUCCUAACAGGCGAUUACUAACUUUUAUACAGGUGUAAACAUCUGCUUCAGGAACAUGGGCAGGAUGUUUACAUGUUCAGAAGUUAUGUUGCAUUCAAUGACAUUUCUAAGUUGAUUUGUUUAAAUAAAAGGAGCAAAUGGAU